CGUGGGGGAAGCGAAGGUUCCUAAUUCCACCUCGCUCCAAAGUGAAGGUUUCCGCCCCUGGGGAAGAGGCGGCGCCCUAGAUCGGCCUUCGUCCUCUGCCUGAGAGAGAUCGUCGGGACAGUCCAUUGUUGCCUGGAGGGGAGCUGCGACGCCAACAUGAGCGGAGAGGAGAAUCCAGCCAGCAGGCCCACACCGGUGCAAGACGUGCAGGGGGACGGGCGCUGGAUGUCCCUGCACCAUCGGUUCGUGGCCGACAGCAAAGAUAAGGAACCCGAAGUCGUCUUCAUCGGGGACUCCUUGGUCCAGCUAAUGCACCAAUGUGAGAUAUGGAGGGAGCUCUUUUCUCCCCUGCAUGCCCUCAAUUUUGGCAUUGGUGGUGACAGCACACAGCAUGUACUGUGGCGGCUGAAGAAUGGGGAACUGGAACACAUCCGGCCCAAGAUCGUGGUGGUCUGGGUGGGCACCAACAACCACGGGCAUACAGCAGAGCAGGUGACUGGUGGCAUCAAGGCCAUUGUGCAACUGGUGAACCAGAGGCAGCCCCAGGCCCGGGUCGUGGUGCUGGGCCUGCUUCCAAGGGGUCAGCACCCCAACCCACUUCGGGAGAAGAACCGACAGGUGAAUGAGCUGGUACGGGCAGCACUGGCUGGCCACCCACGUGCCCACUUUUUGGAUGCAGAUCCUGGGUUCGUGCACUCCGAUGGCACCAUCAGCCACCAUGAUAUGUAUGAUUACCUGCAUCUGAGUCGCCUGGGCUAUACACCGGUCUGCCGGGCCUUGCAUUCCCUGCUUCUGCGUCUGCUGGCCCAAGACCAGGGCCAGGGUGUCCCUCUGCCAGAACCCACAUCCUAGACAUCCUGCCUUCCCACAUUAAAUCCUUCUUUCUCAGUC